ACAAAGAGGGAGCAGUGAGGAGAAACGGCAGACAAGGAUAGAGAGAGUGACUGAGAGAAGACUGAGGGGGAGAGAGAGAGAGAGAGAGAGAGCGUCUGAGAUAAAAGGUUUGCAUGCAGAUUGCCCAGGACAGCCUAGUAAAACAGCAGGAACAUGUUGGAGAGCUUUUUUUUUCAAGUGACUUCCAUUACAAUUGCUACAGCAGAGGAGAUGCUCAUAUGAGGAGAGAAAGUGACUCAGAAUUACUCUGCAUUUUAUCACAAGAGGCUCUCUUUGUUUCUACUGUAGGAAAAACGCAGAAAGAGUGUCUAGUCAUGGAUGACUCUAGAGAACCUACUGAAUAGAUCUCAGUCCUACACCAUGGUUCAGCAAAGGAGCCACAAAUACUCGUCAGUCAUGGACAGCAAUUCUACCAGAGAGGUGUUUGUGGGACUGGCAGCAGAAGAUGAUGCUGAGGUGUUUGGACACAUACCUUCCAACAAAGACCCCAACUGGUGCAAAACUCCUACCGGGCACAUCAAGAGACCAAUGAAUGCUUUUAUGGUCUGGUCCCAGAUUGAGAGACGAAAGAUCAUGGAGCAGUGGCCAGACAUGCACAAUGCUGAGAUCUCAAAACGUCUUGGAAAGCGCUGGAAAUUACUGCCCGAUUAUGAGAAGAUCCCCUUCAUCAAAGAGGCAGAGAGGUUGCGCCUUAAGCACAUGGCUGACUAUCCUGACUACAAGUACCGUCCCAGGAAGAAGAGCAAGUGCUCCACCCCUGUGAAACUUGGGGAGAAGCUGUCCCUGAAAUCCAGCAGGUCCCAUUCAGGAAGAUCUACUGGGCUUUCCAGCAAAGGGCUAAAGACUAAACCCAAUUCCUCCAAGCAUAACUUCAGUGGCAAUAAAUACAAGAGCUACAGUGAGAGCAUGAGCGAUGACGACACAGUGGAUGUAAACUUAGAAAGUCCAGUGAUGUUACAAGAUAAUCACAACCAGACAAGUCACCUUGUCCUACACCAGCCGGCUACCAUUCACCCUGAGCACCAGCGAGCAGUUCCUGAGCUCAGAGUGAAGGUGCCCAUCUCCCACACCAGCAGUAUCUCCUCCGACAGCGAGUGCAAGGCUCCACCAGAGUCCACGAUGAGUGAGCCACAAGGGUCGACCUGUGGAAGAUCUUCCACACCGACGUCAACCAGCUCCUCCUCUUUAGUGUCGUCAGUGUGUUCAGAUGAGGAACUGGAUGAGGAAAUCUUGCAUAUCAUAUCUAACAGUAUGCCUAUGGACUGCUCCACUUUGGACAAGGACUUUGAAGCAUUUCAUGCCAACUCAGGAUCUCAUUUUGACUUCCCAGAUUACUGCACUCCAGAGGUGAAUGAAAUGAUUUCUGGGGACUUGCUUGUGCCCAGCAUCUCAGAUCUAGUGUUCACCUACUGAAGUCAAGUGGAGUGUUAUUGGGCCAGCAUAGCUGCCAAUUUGAAAUAAGAGAGGUCUUGAAAUGAUGUAGUAUUGGACGAUUUCUUAUUCCAUGUGUUUAUUUUUCUCAAUGAAUUCCGUAAGUGCUAUUGCUUUCCUUUCCAAGCAUGUCACAUCUUGUUGGUCUAGCUAAGCGACACACAGGGCUAUGCAGAGCUGUUUACAAGAGUAAGAUGUUUAGAAUUUCUCCAACACUUUUUAGGUCAGAGGCAGCUGGGUGUAAUACUUAGUGACAAGAAACCAAGUUUUAACAGCUGCCUUGAUAAAUGUUUUAAACCUCACGUUAAUGUCUUGAAGCCUCUGAUGGGAAGCAGUCAAGCUGUGAUCAAUUCCAGACAAAGAUAGUAUCUAUUUAAUAUGCGGCACUGUCAUUUUCAUGACUGUGCUCAUAACAGUGUUACUUCUAAUCGUUACGCAUUCAAAUGAGUUCUCCAAGAAGCUUCUGUGGACGUACUCAAAUAUAUUGCCGUCUGGAGGUCUGCUGACAGUAUCAGUGCAAUAAUAUUCUGAAAAACUGAGGUGGAAAUGAUGAAAAGGAAAUGGUGAAGCUUAUUAAAAUCUGCAGCACUUGUCAGGCACACAGUAUAGCAUUAGUUAUGCAGCAACCAAGACAAGUGCUGGCACAUAAUUCAUAUCGUAUUCUUUAAUUAGGUAAUAACACUUUCAUCACCUUGCUAUUGCCGCAGACUUGGAGACACACGUGUGCUUUAAAAGCAGCUCUGCAUCAGCCCUGCAUGCAGGUGUUUGUGUGUGCAUCUAUGUGUGCCUGAACUGUUUGGACUGCGGACAGAGGGGGUUUAAGAGGGGUUUGGGGUUAAGGAAUGGGGGUUGGGAUUGGUUCUUUCAGGGAACUGUGCAUCUGUCCAUGCAGGCAGCAGCUUUUAUGCAGGGGUCACACUCUGUGCUUACUGAGUGUCUGCCGGAGGUUGGGGGAGGCGCAGGGGCUCCCACACCAGUUCGCUGAAAUGCAUGUCAUGUCUGCAGUCUGGCUGCAGCUGCCCCGAUCAGGGCGAGAAAUCUGUGUCUGCCAGCUGGCCCCCAAUGACUCUCUCAGGGAUCGUUUGUCUAGGUCCUAGUGCCUCCUGUAGGUAAUUCAUCUGUGAUGAUCCAUGUGUGAGUGUCUUUUUCUCUCACCCGCUCUACCGGAGAAACCAUCUCUGAAGCCAACUGAAGUGACCGAAUGCUCCGAUUUGUCCAUCCUCUUUUUGCACCCACAUGCUCUUAAUAAUUUCAGCUCAGUUGCCGCCCGGGAGACCAGCAUUAUUUACCACCUACCAACAGUUGUCAGAGAAGGAGACAACAAACCCUGCAGUCCAUCUCUUACAUAAACUGUUGAUCCUCCUUAAUUCCUGAUGCCCUGUAAAGAUGCAGCACCACGCUGUGUAUCUGCAGCUUAAAGCUAAAGAACACAAAAGGAAAGGGACCUGCUGUGUGUUUGCUUUUGGUUUAACCUCACUGUUUGGGCUGCAUAAUGACUACUUUUGUCACAUUGAUCACAGAAGCAUAAAUAGUAUCCAUCUUGCUGUGUUCCUAAUCAUAUGAAGGGUUGACUGAACUAGUUCUUAUCAACGGUGUGACCAGUAUAUUUUAUAGUUUGCAAAAAUCUUAGUUUAACCAACUAGCUUUAGAACAUACUGCUAAGUGACGCCAUGUUCAUGGUGAAAUGACACACAAACCACAAGUAAUUCAGGUAUCUGUAUUUGAACUGAAAAGGGAUAUGUCUAUGGAAAGAUGGGCAGAGUUUGUGAUACAAGGCCUUUGAUCGUUCUUAAAACAAACAUAUUUGAGGAUUUGCGUGAUUUCAACCUGAAAUGAUGGCAUUUUAAAUGCUUAAAACUGUAGAAACUUUUAGAAAUAACUCAAGUUCAAUUUCUUUAAGAUUAAGGCAAUGACAGCAUUAACUGAAAAACCAAAAUGAAGUUUGCAUGUCUCAUGAAUAAGGUUUUCUGGAAAGGCUAAAUGCAAGGCUUGGGCCUUCAACAAUCAUCAGGGAAUUCAUUUCAGGACAGCGAUAAUUUCAUGAUACUGCAGAUUCUGACAUUGUAAAAUGGGUCGCCAUAUCUGAGGUUCACAGACAGGUACAAGUCUUUGCAUUGAGACAUGUGUCAAUCAAACCUCUCUCAAAAAAUUACUGAAAAACUGUAACAGGUCACACACUGAACCAAUACAGUACCAACACCAGCAGACAAAAAACAAAAAAAUGGACUCAGGACUAAAACCAUCAGCCCAGUGUGGAUCUGCUUUGAUUCAUUACUAAGAUACACUCCGUUUGGCCAUUGUAUGUUAUUGUAGAUGAUCUGCAAACUAACUGUAUGUAGCAUCAAAGGUCAAUCUGCAAUGUUAUACCUUUUUUAAAAAUUAAAUAUUUGCCACAAUACUUUGGGUGUAUUUUUCAGCUGUAAAUAAAACAUCUAUUUAAACCUGUCUUAAACUUACAUCUUGGCAACAUAUAUGCUUUUUUUUUCUUGCUCAUUUUGCAAUUGUUUAUGGUACUAUUUUAUAGAACAUUUUGUACUUACAAUUAUUAUGGUGACAUAUAUUUAUUUGAUAUUUUAGUAGAAGCACCAGAGAAUAUAAUAGACACAUCACAGAUGGGCUCUGGCAAAUUAGUGUCAAAGUGAUAAAUGCAGAAAGCUGUAUAUAACUGAAGCGGUGUAAAAAUACCCAUCUGCUCUGCUCCUCCUACUCUGGGCUUGCGAUUAAUGAAUAGCAUUCUGUGGGACAGAAAACCAAGGACAAUGCUAAUUUCACACAGGCCAGACACAGCUUUGCUAAACCUGUCAUAUGUGGAGCAUGCAAUUCCUCACACAGCCAUGCAUGUCUGUCACAAACCUGCUGUC